CCGGCAGAUUAUGAACAGAUUUUGUAUAAGAUGUAUAUUGAGUGCGCUCAGGGAAGGAGGAGUGUAUCUGAAUAUAAAACUGAGUUUAUGCGUCUGUACGAACGCAACGAACUAGGCGAGACUGAGGGGCAGAGGGUGGCUCGUUACAUCAGCGGGUUAAAGAGCUCGAUACAGCAGAAAAUGGGUUUGCAGGCCGUUUGGAGUAUAUAUCACAGAAGCCUCUACGCCGGCCUUGAAGGCAGAACUGAUGGAGAAGUCUCCUAAAAACAUUCCAUCUUUUCACAAAUUUAUACCACCAAACAAUCAUGAGACAGUGACUGAUGAAGGGGAAAAGAACGUGGUGCCAAGAGAAACACAACCUUUAACUAAAGGAAGCAAUUCAGCGAGCAGUUCUAAUCAUGUACCCAACAAAACUCAUAAUCAAAAAGCACCUAACCCAUAUACCAGGCCCAUUGGAGAUAAAUGUUAUCGUUGUCAGGGUUACGAACAUAAGUCCAAUGUCUGUCCUUCCAGGAGAACUGUCGCCCUUGCUGAGUAUGAAAAGGAAGGGGAAACUGACGAGUAUGAAGGGGUCGAGUUUGCUGAAGAGGAAGUCGAGGAGAGAGUGAGUAUUGUGGUCCAACAUAUUUUGCUCUCAUCCAAAGAGGAGGGGCAGUGGAAGAAAUUGUUACGUGCUCAUUGCGCUAUUAAGAAUAAAUUGUGUAACCUUAUAGUUGAUAACGGAAGUACUGAGAAUCUCCCAGAAACUAGUGGAGUAUUUGAAACUGGAAACAGAACCACACAAGGAGCCUUAUGCCUUGGGGUGGGUGAGUAAGGGGUCACAGGUUAAAGUAACUCAAACGUGUAAGGUUCCUAUUUCCAUUGGAAGGCGCUACAAGGACGAGGCUAUGGAAAUGACACAUACAUUGACUUUUGAAUAUACCAACAAUAAUUAGAUUACAGCUAUUCAAGUAUUUGUACUCUUCGUAUACUCCCUCCGUUCUUUUUUAUUAGUCCCUUUAGGCUUUGACACGGGUUUUAAGAGGUAAGUAGUAGAGGUAAUGUAAAAGGUGUAAUGAGUAGUGGGUAAAUGAAAAAGUAGGAAAGAGAAAGGGGUAAUGGUAAUAAAAGUGCAUGGGGUAUAAAGGUAUAUUUAAAGUAAAAAUUUUCCUUAAAUGGAAAGGAGGAUAGAUAAAAAAAACAUCCCAAAAAGGAAAGGACUAAUAUUAAAGAACGGAGGGAG